AUGAAGGGUUUCAUCAUCGCUUCGGCUCUUGGGAUGGCUGCAGCUGCCCCCAAUGCAGCUGUUCCUGUUCCCUAUGCCAACACAGCUCCCUCUGCCAACAUCACUCUCGAAAACAUUCAAAAGAUUGACAUUAGCAUGGCUGGGGCCAAACCUGGCAAGCGUACGCUUCACGGCCCUUUCAUGGGCGACUUCCCCGAUCCCUCGAUUAUCUGGGGCGAUGGUUCUUGGAAGGCGUUUGCAACUUCGUCACAAGGGAAGAACAUUCCUGUUGCUGUAUCUAAUGAUGGCCUCACUGGCUGGACGUUGCAGUCACAAGACGCACUGCCCAACACCGGAUGGGCUCGAGCUAGCGCCGGGAUCUGGGCCCCGGAUGUUCAAAAGAAUGACGCUGGCACCUAUGUAAUGUACUUUACCGGCACCAACAGCAACGGUGCUCAUUGCAUCGGUGUUGCGACAUCAGGCGCUGCCGCCGGCCCCUAUACUCCUACAGCAAGCCCUCUUAUCUGCGACGAUGCCAAUGGCGGUGUCAUUGACCCUUCGGGCUACGACGAUGGAGUCAACCGCUGGAUCUUGUGGAAGGUUGAUGGCAACAGCCGUGGUGGUGCCACCACUUGUCAGGGCGGUAGACCUUCGGGAUCUACUUAUUUUCCAACGCCUAUCAAGAUCCAACGCAUGGCUCGUGAUGCUUUGACUCUGUUGGAUAGCCCCAGCACUAUCCUUGACAACUGGGGAUCUUCCAACGACGGUGUUGUCGAGGCGCCUGCGCUCUACAAGAUUGCCGACAACAACUAUGUUCUCUUUUAUAGCGCUCACUGCUACUCAAGCGAUGACUAUGACAUUGAAUAUGCCUUUUCAUCUACGAUUAACGGAGCUUACACAAACCGCGGCAUCUUGGCCAGGACAGUCUCCAACCUCGGCAUCUACGGCCCCGGCGGUUUGGAUCUCGACCCCAACGGCGUCAACGUUGUAUUCCACGGCCGCACUGCUCCCAACACUCCUAACGCCGCAAGAAAUUUGUACACCGCCAACCUUGCUAUCAACCCUAACCAUGCCAUCACCGGUGCGAACUGGUAA